CAGCAUUCCCCUUAUCGGAGGGGAAAAUUCAAAACCCCCUCCUAUUUUUCCAGAAAACCCGCCUCUUUCUUCUUCUGUCCCCUCUUCUAAACCCCGCCCUCCUCUCCUCCCCAAAUACCCCAUCAAAACCCUAACUUCCGACCUCUCAUCGCCUCUCCCUCUCUCGCUUCCUCGAUUGCUCUCCGUCGCCUCUCCGAUGGCACCGGCCUGCGAUCUCCCCUGCGACGGCGACGGCGUCUGCAUGGUCUGCAAGGCGGCGCCGCCGGAGGCGGAGGUGGUGGUUUGCCGGACCUGCGCCACCCCGUGGCACGCCCCCUGCCUCGCCCGCCCGCCGGAGACCCUCGCCGCCGUCGCCGAUUGGCACUGCCCCGACUGCUCACCAUCGGCCGCCGCCCCGACACCCGCCCCUGUCCCUGCAGCGCUGUCUGGCGCCUCCGGCGACCUGAUCGCUUCCAUCCGGGUGAUCGAGGCCGAUACUUCGCUGACCGAGAAGGAGAAGGCGCGGCGGCGGCAAGCGCUGGUGAGCGGCGGCGCGGCGCUUGCCGUCGACGAGGAGAAGGGGAAGAAGAGGAAGUGCGAAAGGGAGGACGACGUGCUCGAUCUCUUCGAUGAGAAGUUCAAAUGCGCCUUCUGCAUGCAGUUGCCGGAGAGGCCAGUCACCACACCCUGUGGUCACAACUUCUGCCUAAAAUGUUUCCAGAAAUGGGUUGGGCAUGGUAAACGUAGAUGUGCAAAGUGUCGUGAUCAUAUCCCAGCCAGUAUGGCAUCCCAGCCAAGAAUUAAUUCAGCUCUUGUUGUUGCUAUUCGUAUGGCAAAGACAACAAAAUCAGCAUCAAUGGGUAAUGCAGCACGUGUUUAUCAUUUUGUGCGCAAUGAGAACAGACCUGAGAAAGCAUUCACUACUGAGCGGGCCAAAAAGGCUGGAAAGGCCAACGCUUGCAGUGGUCAAAUCUUUGUUACCGUCCCUCCUGAUCAUUUUGGUCCAAUCCUUUCUGAGCAUGACCCUAAAAGGAACAAGGGUGUGCUGGUAGGUGAGUUAUGGGAGGACCGCAUGGAAUGCAGACAAUGGGGUGCCCACUUACCUCAUGUUGCAGGAAUUGCAGGGCAGUCUGAACAUGGUGCACAGUCAGUUGCACUGUCAGGAGGGUAUGAAGAUGAUGAAGAUCAUGGAGAUUGGUUCCUGUACACUGGAAGUGGAGGAAGGGACUUGAGUGGAAAUAAGAGAACAAAUAAGGACCAGUCCUUUGACCAGAAGUUUGAGAAGCUGAACAAAGCAUUACGAGUUAGUUGCCUAAAGGGUUAUCCUGUUCGAGUGGUGAGAUCCCACAAGGAGAAGCGUUCUUCAUAUGCACCUGAAAAUGGUGUAAGAUAUGAUGGAAUUUACAGAAUUGAGAAAUGUUGGCGUAAAGUUGGUGUUCAGGGUUUUAAGGUUUGCAGAUACCUUUUUUUGCGAUGUGAUAAUGAACCAGCACCAUGGACAAGUGACGAACAUGGCGAUCGCCCUAGACCUUUGCCUGUAAUUCAAGAACUGAAGCAUGCAACUGACAUUACAGCGAGGAAGCAAAGCCCAGCAUGGGAUUAUGAGGAAGAACAUGGCUGGAGAUGGACCAAGCCCCCACCACAAAGCAAAAAGUGUGCACCUUCCGGAAAAUCAGAAAAAAAGAGAGGAAGCAAAGCAAAUAAGCAUGGUCAGAGCAUUUCUGUGAGGGAGAGACUCUUAAAAGAGUUCAGCUGCCUGAUUUGUGGGAAAGUGAUGACUCUUCCACUCACAACACCAUGUGCUCAUAACUUUUGUAAGCAGUGCUUGUUAGGGUCAUAUCCUGAUCGGUCAUUUGUGCGGGAGAGAACACAUGGAGGUCGAACCCUUCGUGCACAGAAAAUAGUCAAGAAGUGCCCUUCCUGUCCAAAUGAUAUAUCCAACUUUUUACAGAAUCCACAGGUUAAUAGAGAGCUUAUGGAUCUGAUAGAAUCACUCCAACAAAAGACAGCAGAUGAGAAUGUGGAGUCUAGUGAGGAAGGAAGUGCUGUUGUAGACAAGUCUGAAGGAAACAAUUCUGGGAAUGAGAGGCUGAGUAGUUAUGGAAGAGACUCUGUGGAUGACAAGGUGAAUGAGGAACAAAUUGAUGGUUUAGAGGGCAAGAGACCUACAGAGCAGCAAUCUGAUGACCUGGCGAUGAAGCUGCUUGAGUCAAUGGAUGGAGACUCUGAGGUCAAUGCUGUGAAUUGUGAGGAAGCAGGAGAGGGUAGCCCAAGCCACACAUGCAGAACUGCCAAUCAGUCCUCCCGGAAGAGGAAGAAAACUGAUGCUCAGAAAAGAGGCGUUAGGAAGGCCAAAAAGGGUGAGGUUAGUAAUGCUGUGGAAGUGCAAAGUUCAAAUGGGGAAGAUUCUACAAAAACCAUGUUUGAUCAUUUCAACGUUGUAAACAAUGUGGUGAGAAGGUCUCCUAGAUUGAACAAGAGGUUGUAGUUUUCCCUCUUCCUGUGAGCAGAAGAGGGCUCUUGUGUAGAAGUGGAAUAUGUUGUGGUUUCCAGUUGAGUAAAUGUGUUUCAAGUGCCGUUUUAUACUGUCCUUUUGGCUACAUUCAUUUUGGCUCUUUAUGAACGAGGGCGUUGAAAGUCUUCCAUUUGAUGCAUUA